CUCCGUAGUUGUGAACGCCUUUUUAACAGAGCUCCUCCCGGUCUCUCUUCUGGCUUUGUGCAUCUACCGAACUCCACGCUGCCGCUACCAAAUCUUGGAUACAGGGGCUGCUAAACAACAUUUAUAAAAAUAUAAAAAAUGGCUAUGCACGUACCGAAAGCACCGGGCUUCGCCCAAAUGUUGAAAGAUGGCGCAAAGCACUACUCUGGUCUGGAGGAAGCCGUGUUCAGGAACAUUCAAGCCUGUAAGGAACUGGCUCAGACUACACGCACUGCCUAUGGACCUAACGGUAUGAACAAGAUGGUGAUCAACCACCUGGAGAAGCUGUUUGUGACCAACGAUGCUGCUACCAUCCUCAGAGAGCUGGAGGUGCAGCACCCAGCAGCCAAGAUGGUGGUGAUGGCGUCCCACAUGCAGGAGCAGGAGGUGGGGGACGGGACCAACUUUGUCCUGGUGUUCGCUGGAGCACUGCUGGAGCUGGCUGAGGAGCUGCUACGAAUGGGGCUUUCUGUGUCAGAGGUGAUUGAGGGCUAUGAGCUAGCGAUGAAGAAGAGUCUGGAGCUCCUCCCAGAGUGCGUGUGCGCGUCGGCCAAGAACCUUCACGAUGUAGAGGAAGCCACCGCUAUGAUCCGCCCAGCUGUCAUGUCUAAACAGUACGGCAACGAAGACUUCCUGGCUAACCUCAUCGCUCAGGCCUGCGUCUCCAUCUUCCCUGAGUCUGGUAACUUCAGUGUGGACAAUGUCAGAGUUUGCAAGAUCCUGGGCUGUGGACUGACUUCGUCCUCAGUGCUCCAUGGGAUGGUGUUCAAGAAGGAGACGGAGGGAGAUGUCACGUCAAUCAAAGACGCCAAGAUCGCAGUCUUCUCCUGCCCCUUCGACUGCAUGGUCACAGAAACCAAGGGUACAGUGUUGAUAAAUAAUGCGGAGGAGCUCCUUAACUUCAGUAAAGGAGAGGAGGAUAUGAUGGAAGCCCAAGUCAAGUCCAUCGCUGAGGCAGGCGCCAACGUAGUGGUGACCGGUGGCAAAGUGGCGGACAUGGCACUGCACUACGCCAACAAGUACCAGCUCAUGGUCGUCAGGCUGAACUCUAAAUGGGAUCUGAGGAGACUGUGUAAGACUGUUGGCGCUGUGGCCCUACCUAGACUGACCCCUCCUACUCCAGAGGAGAUGGGCCACUGUGACAGUGUCUACCUGGAUGAGGUGGGAGACACUCAGGUGGUGGUCUUCAAACACGAGAAAGAGGACGGUGCCAUCUCCACCCUGGUAAUUAGAGGAUCCACUGACAACCGGAUGGAUGAUAUCGAGCGGGCCAUCGACGACGGGGUCAACACCUUCAAGGUUCUGGUCAGAGACAAGAGACUGGUGCCGGGUGCCGGAGCUACGGAGAUAGAACUGGCCAGACAGAUCACUUCAUACGGAGAGUCGUGUCCAGGUCUGGAGCAGUAUGCCAUUAAGAAGUUUGCUGAGGCAUUUGAGGCGGUGCCCAGAGCGUUGGCAGAGAACUCUGGCAUCAAGGGAAACGAGCUCAUCUCCAAAUUGUACGCCGUGCAUCAUGAGGGCAACAAGAACAUGGGCUUUGACAUCGAGGGAGAGGGUGCUGCUCUGAAGGACAUGCUUGAAGCUGGGAUCCUGGAGCCUUUCCUGGUCAAACACUGGGGCAUCAAACUAGCUACCAACGCUGCCAUCACCGUGCUCCGAGUAGACCAGAUUAUCAUGGCUAAGCCAGCAGGUGGGCCCCGGGCUCCUAAACAGCAAGGCCACUGGGACAAAGAUGAGGGAGACGAGCCUGAACACUUUGAUACACACCACUAACCUUCCUGAACAGGACAGAAUACGCACUGACAGAUCAUCAUGGCCAAACCGGCAGGCGGGCCCAAAGCCCCCACAGGCAAGAAAGACUGGGAUGAAGAUGACUGAAGAUGACCACCUAACCCCCGUCACUAUGCCCCCCCCCCACCCACCCUGUUUUUUUUCUAUGUUUUUAUUUAAAGUCCAAAGCGUUUGGCGUGUUGUGUAGGCACCCACCGUCCUGCGUGGUUACUGUACGAUGGAAGGAGAGAUGACAUGGAUGGAUUGAUUGAUGGCACUCUAUUGCUUUUUAUGUUCUCCACUCAAAUAAAAGGCACUUCAUUCCUGUCA